CUAAUGUUUGAUUAAGGAUUGAUCUUUAAAGAAUCCUCUAAAUAUAUGAAAAUUUUGAAGAAAAAAAUUAUUGAAACGCAUACUCGUAUCAAAUACUCAUAUCCAGGUCCGAGCAACAAUAGGUCCACCACGAAAAUAAGAGUUAAGUUCAACAGUGACCUCCAACAAUGGCAAGAGUUGACAGCAUACGACUGAGUUGGAUGGAGGAUAAUGAUAUGAAAAUAAGGAUGUCAUGAUUGGGUUUUCAAUCUUUUUCAUACACGGAUACAAAUAAACCAUAUUUUCUUUGAAACCACUAAAUUGAAGUUGAUUGUGAUUCAUUGGUUUCCCUUCUAUGGAACUAUAAACUCUAUGAGCUUGGAAAGUUAAAGAGGGAAUAUCAUUGUUCAUUGUUUUUUCACUAUUCAUUCCUUGUCGAUGCCAAUGUCACCAUAGAUUUAUCAUCCUUAAUAGCUAAGCUUCUAUAGUGUUCAUAUGGAAGGGGCUAACUGCAGUUUCACAGUGUCAAGUAACUUGAAUGGUUAUUAUCAAGUUACUUUUUCAGCAGCUACUAGCGAAUGGGAACUUUACUUCUGAAUUGUGUUUCUCAGUCUCAUACUCCUCAUUUUCUCCAAACUCAUAUUCCUCAUUUUCUCCAAACUACUCAUAUCCGGCACUUAUUUAGACAUUACCUAUACUCAUAUUGUAUGCUUACCCGUAUUCAACAUUUAUCUCUAAAGCUGGGUACCAUAGCUUUUGAAUAGCAAUAGUUAAGUCAAAGGGAGAAAAGAGAAAGAAGAACAAAAAUAACCUAUAUAUGUGGAUGCACUAUUGCAGACAGGAAAUAGUUACAAGGUAAUAAGAUUAGUUGCUUCAAGAGUUGCAAGGUUGAUGAUUGUUGAAGCGUUAUAGGAGCUUUUAAAUGAUUCUUCUGACGUUGAAACUACUCCUUAUUCCAGUUCAACUUAUGCAAAAGCUGCCUCCAUUUUCGAUUCAAGAAGCAUGGAAUCUCAGUUUGUUCCUUCAAGACGGAUGGAUAUCUAUGACCCUAUCCAACAGAUUGGCAUGUGGGGAGAAAGUUUUAAUGCUAAUAGCAAUCUGCAUGCAUCUGUAUCAAUGAUUGCUGAAAUGGAUAACAAAAUAUCAAACGAGUCUGAAACUGCUUCCCAUGAAAUGCUUGCACCUUCUAACAAGUAUGAGCAAGAGGCAACUAAACGUAUUGAUAAGAUACAGAGACGGCUUGCACAAAACCGUGAGGCUGCUCGUAAAAGCCGAUUACGGAAAAAGGCUUAUGUUCAACAGUUAGAAAAUAGUCGUCUAAAGUUGAUUCAAUUGGAGCAGGAGCUUGUACAAAUGAAGCAACAGGGUGUUUAUAUGGGUGGUGGGUUAGUAGGUGGUAAUCUUGGAUUCUCUGCACCAGUAAAAUCAGGGAUUGCUGCAUUUGAGACAGAAUAUGCACGUUGGAUGGACGAACAAAGCAAACAGAUAUGUGGACUAAGGGCUGCUUUGAAUGCCGAAAUAAGUGACACAGAUCUUCAAAUGCUUGUGGAAACUGGCAUGAAGCAUUAUUCUGAACUUUUUCGCAUGAAGUCAACUGCUGCAAAGUCUGAUGUUUUCUAUGUCAUGUCGGGCAUGUGGAAAACAUCAGCUGAGCAAUUUUUCUCAUGGAUUGGAGGGUUUCGCCCUUCAGAACUUCUUAAGGUGCUCUUGCCUCAGCUUGAUUCCUUGACCGAACAACAAUUCUUUGAAGUUUGUAACCUCAAACAAUCAUGUCAGCAAGCAGAAGAUGCGCUUUCACAAGGCAUGGAGAAACUCCGGGAAAUUGUGUCAGUUACGGUGGCGGACGGUCAACUCGGCGAAGGCAGUUACAGUUCUCAGGUGACUACUGCAAUGGAGAAGGUAGAAGCUUUAGUCAGCUUUGUGAACCAGGCAGACCACAUUAGGCAGGAAACACUGCAGCAGAUGUCUCGGAUACUAACGAUUCGCCAAACAGCUAGAGGCUUACUUGCUUUGGGAGAAUACUUUGAACGUCUUCGAGCUUUGAGUUCACUCUGGGCUACUUGUGCUCGUGAACCUGCAUAAGCUUUACAGUAGACCAUCCUCCAUACAUGAUGGUCGAUGAUCACUGCAACAAUUGCGUUCAUAAAGAGGUGUCUCUUCGUAAAUGCCAUUAUAAACAUAAUUGCCUACAUUUUUUUUGAAGCAGAUUUCAGAAAACAAAGAUAUGAGAUGUUGUACAUAUGAGUAGUUUUUUUUUUUUUUUCUUUUUAACCUUGGGGAAGGUUGUGAUUAAAUCAAUUUUCAAUGAUGUGCUGUGCAUUAUAUAUACCCUUGAAAGAUAUAAAUAUGUAGGUUCUGCAUUUACCAUGUUAACUAGACUUUCAUUCUCAUAUUUGGUCAUGGAUAUGAGAGAGAUGAUUCUCCAAAAUAUAUGAAAAAAAUUCAGAAAAUUAGAGUA